AUGACUUCGUCCCCUCAAUUAUCGGAAGCAGUCGUAGCUGCGAUCAAGACUGGCGAUCUUGCACAGCUGCAGAGUCUGUACGAAUCAGACAUGUCGCUCGAUGAAAUAGCCAGACAAGCUGCACGCAAAGGGCAGCCCACAAUCCUCGAAUGGUGCUACACACAAGGAUGGAAACCCAAGUCACCAUCGUUUAACGACAAAUUCUUCAGCGAAGUCUGCUCAGGCGCAUCGACAGACAUCUUCAAAGUCCUGCUUGACCAUGGCUGGGAUCUCAAUGCCCACCAAAGCGAAACCAGUGGCGAUGCUCUCGCGAGCGCGAUCACAGGCGAUAAUUAUGACCUUGCGAAAUGGCUACUAGAACAUGGGCACAGACCAACUCCAGUCGAUGGCAUAUACGGCGACGGCGCAGUGUUCACCGCAAUCAAGCAUGAACCGACUUCGCUGAGGAUACUGAAGCUUCUGCUUCAACAUGGUAUCGAUUUGAAAGGGACGGGGGCGGUGAUGCUGGCUGGCAAUGAGGGAAACCUGGAAGCCCUCAAACUUCUUCUCGACUAUGGCGUUGACACUGAAGAUCGUACCGUGCAGUGGUAUCCGUUCGAUGGCGAGGAAGAAGAUCCAUAUGCGUCAGAGGGAACAAGUCUCUACCGGGCGUGUAGACAGGGACACCUAGAAUGCGUGCGAUUGCUCUUGGAGCGAGGCGCGAAUGCGCAAGCCAAAGACGAUGGAGGGACAUCUUGCUUAGCCAUCGCGAAGCAACGCGGCCAUCAAGAAAUCGUCAAACUCCUAGAAGAGAAGGGAGCAUCCGAGUGA